CUCCUUCUAGUAACACUCCAUUUCCCUUCUAAAAAAAAAAAAAUCCAAACAUGGCUUUAGUUCGUGAUCGCCGUCAACUUAAUCUCCGUCUUCCUUUACCGGAACCCUCCGAACGCCAUCCUCGUUUCCCCUUACCCCUCCCUCCCACCACCACCUCCACCGUUAACUCCGCCGUCAACACCACCGCCGCCACCACUACAACAAUCUCAAUUUCCGACCUCGAAAAACUUAAGGUUCUCGGUCACGGUAACGGUGGAACUGUCUACAAAGUCCGUCACAAACGGACUUCCGUUAUCUACGCUCUCAAAGUCGUUCAUGGUGAUAGUGACCCGGAAAUUCGACGUCAAAUCCUCCGUGAAAUCUCAAUACUUCGACGGACGGAUUCACCUUACGUCAUCAAGUGCCACGGUGUCAUCGAUAUGCCAGGUGGAGAUAUCGGUAUACUUAUGGAGUAUAUGAACGCUGGCACACUUGAAAAUCUUCUUAAAUCACAAACAGCUUUUACAGAAGAAUGUUUAGCGAAAAUCGCUAAGCAAGUACUUGGUGGUCUAGACUACUUGCACAACCACAAAAUCAUACACAGAGAUUUAAAACCUGCAAAUCUUCUAGUAAAUCGUGAAAUGGAAGUGAAAAUAGCAGAUUUUGGAGUGAGUAAAAUCAUGUGUAGGACUUUGGAUCCUUGUAAUUCGUAUGUUGGAACUUGUGCUUAUAUGAGUCCAGAAAGGUUUGAUCCAGAUACUUAUGGAGUUAAUUACAAUGGUUAUGCAGCUGAUAUUUGGAGUUUAGGGUUAACUUUAAUGGAACUUUACAUGGGUCACUUUCCGUUUUUGCCACCGGGUCAACGACCCGACUGGGCUACACUAAUGUGCGCUAUAUGCUUUGGUGAGCCGCCUAGUUUGCCUGAAGGAGCAACGGAAAGUUUUAAGGAUUUUAUCAAGUGUUGUUUGCAAAAAGAGUCUAGUAAGAGAUGGAGCGCUCACCAAUUGUUGCAACAUCCAUUUAUGAGGAGUAUCGAUUUGUAAUCCCCGUAAAAGAGACAUCCGAGUUGUUUUGUAAAUAGAACGGGAUGUUUUUUAUUUUUGGGUUCACUUUUUUGUAUAUUCUUUCUAUCUGAAUCAUUCUCUCUGUACUAGAAAAAGUGAUCCAUUUCCGCAGCAAAAGUUCAUUUGUGGAAUUUUGGGACCUAACGAAUUCAAUCUUUUUCCAACA